AUGAAAGAUCCAAUCGCCGCAGCGGCUGCCAUGGCUUACCACACUUUCCAAACUCAUCAACCAGGUGCCUUGCCAUUGUCCGCCUUCCUCGGCGCCGCUCAGCCCUCGUGUUUCCCUGAGCUGGCGUUCCCGGACGUCGCCUCCCUGUCCCAGCCUCUGUCGGAGCAGGCUGUCCCUGACGCAGGGCUGCGCGCAGCUCUGGGACGGCCGCAUCCGCCAGCUCCCCCGCAGUCCUUCACAAGCCUGCAGACGGAGGAAGGGCUCGAUGAUGACCCGAAAGUCACCCUGGACUCAAAGAAAUUAUGGACUGAGUUUCACAAAAUGGGAACGGAGAUGGUUAUUACCAAAUCGGGAAGGAGGAUGUUUCCGGCGUUCAAAGUGAGGCUUGAUGGGCUGCUGGAAACCGCAAAGUACAUCCUGCUGAUGGACAUCGUCGCGGUGGAUGACUGCCGCUACAAGUUUCACAACUCCCGCUGGGUGGUGGCUGGAAAAGCUGACCCGGAGAUGCCAAAGCGCAUGUACAUCCACCCGGAGAGCCCGUCCAAAGGGGAACAGUGGAUGAGCAAGCCCGUGGCUUUUCAUAAACUUAAACUCACCAAUAAUAUUUCGGAUAAGCAUGGAUUUACAAUUUUGAAUUCAAUGCAUAAAUACCAGCCCCGAUUUCAUCUUGUGAGAACCAACGACAUAAUGAAGCUCCCGUACAGCACCUUCCAGACUUAUGUUUUCCCGGAGACGGAGUUUAUCGCUGUCACUGCAUAUCAGAAUGAAAAGAUUACACAGCUAAAAAUCGACAACAAUCCGUUUGCCAAAGGAUUCAGAGACACAGGAAAUGGGAGGCGGGAAAAGAGGAGUAAGCUGGUAACCAUUUCUUCAAUGCAUGAGGGCAAAGUGGACCUGGACUGUGCUGAUUCUGAUGACUCAUGUGAACAACCCAGUACCAGUGAUCUGUUUUAUUCCCCUCGCGAACUGGUGAGCAGCCCUCUGAUGUCCACACCAACUUGUCAAGAUGACGACAACAUUGAAAGUGAUUCCGAUGUUGACCAACACGAUGAGGGCAUUGCUGAAGCCGGCCGUUCCAGGAGUGAAUAUGUGUCUUCUUUGAGCAAGAGUGAUGGGAUACUGUGGAACCGGCCCGCUCUCAGUAAGAGCAGCGGCAAUCAGGACACCAGCAAAGACGGGACAAUGGCUCGAUCCUCAGAGCUCAUGUACUCCGCGGAGAGUUAUUCGACAAAAGAUGGCGUCCCACCGAUGAUGCUGCAAACGCAGAGCCCGUCACCCCUUCAGACUUUGGAUUUCUCAAGUGCACACAGCCAACAGUUUCUCAAGCUUGGCGCACCUUUGUUGUUUCACCCGGGACAGUUGUCGGUGAAGCCGGAGGUCACGGGGCGUCUGUUGUCUUCUUUGCCUGCGGUAGAAAACGGAGGCCUCGCCUCUACAUCUCCCUUCAUGUUUCACUUUUCGCAGCACAUGCUAGCAUCUCAGGGAAUGUCACUGUCACCCUUUGGAGGACUGUUCUCCUAUCCGUACGGCUACAUGGCAGCACCGGCUCUCCCCACCUGUUCGGCAACCCCGACACUGGCCAGAAGCUCCUGCUUCCGCAGCUCUCGGCCUUGGUUGCGAUUCAGCCCUUAUCAGAUCCCUGGCCCCGUCACCCCAAGCCAAAGCCCACUUCCAACCAGAUCGCCUGGCUCUUCAAACUCGCAAUGCGAUGUGUCCAAGUCAGGGAGCAGAGAGUCCAGUUUAGUGCCUGAGAAACACAGUCACCAAAUCAAGGCCAAGCAGGAGACUUCACCAGCAAAGAACAUUUAAGGCACGUAACCUAGCGGACUCCACUUUGUCCACACUACACUCUCUUACCGUAUAUGUUGUUUUUCAUCCUGCACCUGGUGGAUACAGUGUGAUGGACACAGAAAGGUGUAUGACGUUGCACGUGAUUAUCACCUAAAAUAAGUAGUUUGUCAGAAACUGCAUGUGUUGCUGCUUUUUUAACUUGUCAUUAUAUGAUCAUCGGCCUAAUAAACACAGAUGUAGGGACUUGCAGGUCAAAACAUACCCAAACAUUUGUUUUAACGCUUCAUUGAAUUUACUCUAGGUCAGAGUGAAGCAGGUCCUCAAAUAACUGUUGUGUGCUGAUGUAUGCACAUCGGGAUGUCUUUUGACUUGCAAACAUAUAAAAUCAAUGCUUACUGGGAGUUGUAUCUUGCCAAUUAGAAAUCCUUUGGGGAGAAUGAGCUAUGCAAAAUUCACAAAGUCGACCAAUUAUCGGUGUGCUUUAAAUAUGAAAAAAACCACAUUUGUAUUGCUUUAUUCUGUACGAUGGUGUGCAUAUGUUGCUUGUCAUGAGGAAACUGUAAACCACCUGUUCACUAUUUCACAUUGUGUUGAUGUACCAAGGCCACACUGUUGACUUUAAGGGGAAACUCAGGAUUUUUUUUUUUUUAAACUUUAACUUUUUACCGGCACUUAAGAAAAGAGUCUUCGGUGUGUAUUUUUUUCACAAUUUAAAUAAAGAUGUUGUUCACAUUUU